AUGUAUGGGUGGUCUUUUGAAUUACAAGAAAUAGCAAAACUUUUAUUAAAUUCAGAAUAUAAAGAAUUUAAAGAUGAUGAAAAUCGUGAAAUACCUGAACAAGUUCGCCAAACUUCUCCAACUCAAUCUUUUGCAAGCAAAAUUUUUGGUCCUCCUCAAACACAACUAUCAAUAGAUAAUGAAAUUGUUGAUCGACUAAAUUAA